ACUGGCCAGUAAAGAAACUGCGUUGUUCGAUAUCUUAUCGAUAUGUUGCACAUAUCGCUGUCGUCAGUCCAUCGCUAAUAAUAAUCAAUAAACAGAGCCAUUUUUUGGACAGCAAAAUAGCAGCAGUUUUUGUAUAAAGUACAAAAAGAAAAAGUGUGUUUUGGUAAAGAGACGGUGAGUGAAACAUGUCCAACGAAAAAGUGGACGAGUGUGACAAAAAUCAAAAGGUCGAGCACACAAAGCAUACAACAAACGGGAAGGGAAGCAACGGUUCACCUGACGAUGACUCUGAAUCGGAUGAGUAUCAAUCGGCGGGCGAGGGCGACGAUGAUGACGAUACAACAACAGCAGCAACAGCAACAACAAAAACAACAGCAGCAACAAAAACAAAAAUAACACCUGCACCUAUACCUGCCCCCCUUGCAGAUGAUUGCGUUGAGUUUCCCAUGCAUCGCAGCGUUUUUGAGAAUGAUAUAAGGACGCUGCAGCGUCGCCUCCUCCUGGCUAGUGCCACAACAGAGGUGGCCGCCAAGGAUACGCACGGUAAUACGCCACUCCAUCUGGCCGUAAUGCUCGGCCGCAAUUGCUGUGUGCGUCUGCUGCUCGCGAACAAUGCGCCCGUCAAGGUGAAGAACAACGAGGGCUGGUCACCGUUGGCCGAGGCCAUCAGUUAUGGCCAUCGCCAGACGAUAACCCAAUUGCUACGCAUGCUCAAGUUGCAGUCGCGUGAGCACAUGGAGAGUCGACGCGAACGACUCGUGGAAGCACUGCGUCAAAUGCAAGACUUUUACAUGGAGUUCAAAUGGGAUUUUCAGUCGUGGCUGCCGCUCGUCUCACGCAUUCUGCCCUCGGACAUUUGUCGGCUGUAUAAGUGUGGGGCGUCGCUGCGUCUGGAUACCACAUUAGUUGACUUCAAUGAUAUGCGCUGGGAUCGGGGCGAUAUUUCGUUUCUAUUUCGCGGCGAGGCGCCACCAAAUGAAUCCCUCGUUCUGCUAGAUAAUGAGCAAUUGUGCUAUCAACGUCUGCGCUAUGAGGAAUCUGAUAUGGAGGAUGAGGUGGAUGUGCUCAUGUCCACCGAUAUCCUGGCCACCCAGAUGUCCACAAAGACCAUUCAGUUUGCACGUGCCCAGCGCGGCUGGCUGUUCCGGGCGAAUCGCAAGGAAUUAAUUGGAGGACAAUAUCAAUGCGAGAUCUAUACCAUACAGGGAUUGGUGCUCAAGCAACGCAAGCGGCGGGAGCACUUAUCUCACGAGGAUUUGCAAAAGAAUCGCGCCAUUGUCGAGACAAUCACCAAGGGUGGCAAUCAUUCAGAAUCAAAUCAUGCGGCAUCCACGCCAACAUCCGGCAGCACGCUGACAUUGCCGGAGUUGCCGCGUCGCAGCUCGUUGCAGCCGCCACCAACGACGAGUGUUACCUGGUCGGAAUAUAUUAGUGCACCAGUGGGCAAAUGCCCCCAGCUGGGACGCACUCCCGUCAACAAGCAAUCAAAUAAAACGCUGCGUGCCACAGUUGCGAUGAGCGCUGAUUUUCCACUUAGCGUCGAUAUGCUGCUGGAUGUGCUUGAGGUCGUGGCACCUUUGAAGCAUAUUAAUAAAUUGCGUGAUUUCGUCACCCUAAAACUGCCAACGGGCUUUCCCGUUAAGAUUGAGAUACCCGUAUUGCAUACGGUUACCGCCAAGGUGACAUUUCAGAAGUUUGAGUUUCGCGACAAUAUACCCGCUAAGCUGUUCGAGAUACCCGCCCACUAUUGGGAGGAUGUGCGACGCUUUCAGGAUUUAUGACCUAGCGAUGAAUCAUCAUCAUCCUCAUCAGCGGCCAAUACGCCGGGCGCCACUAAGCCGGUCGAUUUGAAUCGCAACAGCAGCCGCCGAACUCAGUCCAUUGCCGAAUUCGAUUGAGUCUGCCCCGAAUCCGCCCCCAUCUUCGCCACGCCACGCCACGCCCCUAUAUAAAUUCACAAAUGCGCCCAAAUGUCACCGAAAGAAAAUUGCAAUUUUCAAACAUAAAUCAUUUGAAAUUAGCGUGUCCACAGUUUAUGUAAGUUGCUUUAUUUUGCCUUGUUUUGUUUAAUUUUUCUUUUUAAAUUAUAAAGUGUAACGCUCUGAAAAUUGCAAUUUAAGACUAGAAUAGAGCGAAUUAAAUUUGUUAUGGACUUUUAACAAGAGGUUAAGCAAACAAUAACAAAAAAAGAAGAAACACGUGUCAUCAUUUAUUGACUCUAAACGCGGCUAAAGGAUUAUGCCUAAUCAUUGUCAGAAUGUAUAAAAAUUCAUUCUUUAUUUAGUCUUGCACCGGCUCUGAAUUCAAUUAUUGUGCGCACUUAACUUAAACAUUCGUCAUUUGUAUUUUUUUUUUUACAAUCCAAUUAUUAGUGACUCCUUCACUUUUUGUCAUUAUCUGCAGAAUGAAUCAGCUUAGAAAUAGAGAUUAAGCUGGUGGUCGUCGCUUAUCAGUUGGAACACACACAUUAGAAAUAUAUAAAACACUUUAAAAGCUUAUCUCAUCAAUUUUCCAUUAAACGCAAACACUCAAAAUCAAAAUGUAGCCAAUUUAAUGUUCAGUUGUUAAUGUUAAAACAUUUUUAAAAGCGACAUUCAACCAAGUUGUACGUAAUGUAAUUUAUUAUAUUUUGUAUGUAUUUAUUUUUGUUCUAUUUGUAUGUUUAGUGCAAUUUUAAAUUGAUUUUAAGGCCUAAAACAUGUACACAAAAAAAAAAAAGAAAAAGGAAAUAGAGAAUUCUUAUGCGAUAAGCUCUUUCCGUAAAUAGAUUCCACAAGAACUUUUUCAGUUCUUAAUAGUAUCACAAACAACAAAAAAUCAAAACAAAAAAAAAAAACAAUAUU